UUCACGUGAUGAAAGAGAAAGAGUUGGCCCACUUUCAAAAAUAUUGCCAAAAGUCAGCCACAUGGGCAAGGUGUAGGAUGCUCAUCCUACACCUCGGUGCAGGAUCUAAUUUGCACUUGAAUGAUGCGCACCACCGUUUCCCGCCCCGACCCCGCCGCCAAUGCUUCCCACCCAACACUGCCGGCCGCCGCCACCCUUUCCCGCCCCGAUACCUCCGCCGCCCCUCCUCUUUCGUUGACACCAUCGCCACCUGACCUCCACAAAAAAGUCAGAUCUAUACGAAAAGGAAUUUCUCCAUUCUCAAUUUUAUUUUAUUUUUUUUAAAGAAUUUUCAGAAUUUCAUCUUGCAUAUUUUUUAAGCCAACCUACCAAUACUUGUUUUUUUUUUUUUUUAGAAAAAAGCCAGCACGGCUAUUUGACUGUACUCGUUCGUUUCAAUAUCUUUCUUUAUUGAACUUUAAAAAUGGCGUUUCAUAUCACAACAUUACCACUGAAAGCUAAUUUCAAUAAAUCAGGUCAACAACUAUUCCAAACUUUCUCUUUCUCCUUUUCCCCUCAAACUAAUAAUCCACCACUUAACUUUCAUCGCCGACCAACACUUUUCUUAAUUAAAACCAGGAAAAAAAUGACAGGAGAUUCCAUGGACUCAAUUGAUAAACCCAAGAACAUCCUUAAUAGCCCAGAACUUCUUCAGUAUGUAUUGGAAACCAGUGCUUACCCAAAUGAACAUGAGCAACUCAAGGAGAUUAGACUUGCUACAGUCGAAAAAUAUCCACAUUUGUACACAAUGAAUGUUCCUGCUGAUGAAGCACAACUUCUUUCAAUCAUGUUAAAGUUGAUGAAUGCUAAAAACACCCUGGAGAUCGGCGUUUUCACUGGCUACUCACUUCUUUCCACUGCCCUUGCUCUCCCUGAUGAUGGCAAGAUUAUAGCGAUGGACAUGGACAAAGAAGCCUAUCAAGUUGGACUACAUUUCAUUCAGAAGGCAAGAGUUGAGCAUAAGAUUCAAUUUGUUGAAGGAGCUGCCUUGCAAAAAUUGAAUGACCUUCUAAACAAUGGUAAAGAAGGGACAUUUGAUUUUGCAUUUGUGGAUGCUGAUAAGAGAAACUACAAAAACUACCAUGAAGCGUUGUUGAAACUUGUCAAAAUUGGAGGAGCAAUUGCUUAUGACAACACCCUUUGGUUUGGUUCUGUUGCAUAUCCUGAUGAUGUCGAUUUUUUCGAGGAUGGUGAUCAAGAGAACAUGUCUUUUAGACAAAGUGUUCGCCUAGAUACAAAGGAACUAAAUCGGUAUCUUGCAAGUGAUCCACGAGUUGAGUCUGCCCUUGUUUCUAUUGGAGAUGGUGUUACUCUUUGUAGGAGAAAGUAUUAGAUAGGACUAUAGGAGGAGGAAUGGUGCAAACUUUAAUAGAGUUUUUUGUCCACAAAAAAUCAAAAUGUUUGCUUUUUACAGUCUGCAAUUUACAUAUAAGGUUUUGGCCAUUAAUAAAAGUUUAAGAUGCGCUCUUUUCACCUGAAUUCUCCUGAACUUGUUGGAAUUUAUUAAAGUUUAUUUUAUAAAGUGUUGGAAUCUAUUUGGAUUUA